AUGGAGGUUGCGCUGGGGAUUCCCUUGCCCGCUUCCCCUCCUCCCCAAGCCGACUUCCCCCCAAUUCUGCAAGCCGUAUCACAGGACGUCAUUCCACCCGUUGUCGAGAAGCAGUCACUAUCACAGAAUGGCGACGUUCAGAUUUCUGCUUCACACAAUGACCAAAUUAACGCGUCGUCUGCAACACCGACCACCCCAGGCUUCCCUCCUACUCCUCCCGCCAAAACCGCUCCACUUCCUGUUCUCACGAAUGGCCACGACAGGCUACCCACAACAAUUUCCCUUGCACCUGAGUCUCCCGGCGACCAUAGAAGGUCGUUAACAAUGUCAAGAGGCAAUACCGUCUCCGUCAUCAUCUCAUCGGCGUUGGAGACCAUCGCAGGUCUAGCCAAACGAACACCAGCGUUACGCGACAGUACUCAGCGUGCAUUGGAACUCGUUCAAACCAACCAAGGCGUGGACCACCCAGAAGAGAUAUUCGAACCGCUGCGUCUGGCGUGCGAGACACGGAAUGAAAAGCUUAUGAUUGCCAGUUUGGACUGCAUUUCCAAGUUAAUAUCAUACUCGUUCUUCGUCGACUCUUCCUCAUCUGCCUCCCAUGGCCUCCCUUCCCCUCCACCUUCUCCUAACCCGCUCCAUCGGCACGCAGCAGCAGAAUCCUCCCAGACCAACUUGAAUCCGCCGUCGUUAGUCGAUCUGGUGGCAAACACGAUAGCUUCAUCUCUACUUUCUCUGGUUCUCUCUCCCACAAUACUCAUCCACCACUCGUCGCUAUUGAAGGCAGUUCGCACGGUGUACAACGUAUUUCUGCUCAGUUCAGAUCCCGUCAACCAAAUGGUCGCUCAGGGUGGACUCACGCAAAUGGUUCACCAUGUCUUUACUCGGUGCAAAAUCAGUGCUGUGCCGCCUUCAGUCGAUCCUGUCUCUUCAACUUCAAGUCAGAACGGACACUUGCCAUCAGAGCCAAGUGAGGAAGUAAUCGAAAAUGCCAGCAGUGAAGACACGCCAACGGAUGAACCCCCAAUACCUUUAGAACCUUCAAAAGAUAUGAAUGGUGAAGCCAGCGGAAUGGAGCCACCGCAAACACCCAACGGCAAGCGGCAUUCAGUAGAUGGCUCUGAAGACCAUGAUGCGGGCCAUGCAACACAUAGAGAGAUGACUCUCAAUGACCUCUUCGUCAAGGAUGCUUUCCUGGUUUUCCGGGCACUUUGUAAGCUGACAAUGAAACCCUUGAAUAAUGAGAGUGAACGGGAUCUCAAAUCGCAUGCUAUGCGCUCAAAACUACUGUCGUUGCAUCUCGUUCUAACGAUUCUCAACUCGCAUAUGCCGCUCUUUGUUGAUCCAUCGGCUAUCAUCUAUUCAAGCACCUCACACGAAGCCACAACGCUGGUUCAAGCCAUCAACCAGUACCUUUGCCUCAGCUUGAGUCGGAAUGCCAUCAGUCCCGUGCCCCAAGUGUUCGAAAUUAGCGUCGAGAUAUUUUGGCGCGUUAUUUCUGGAAUGAGGACGAAGCUAAAGAAAGAAAUUGAGGUUCUUUUACACGAAAUCUUCAUUCCCAUUCUCGAAAUGCGGACUUCGACGCUGAAACAGAAAGCAGCUAUUCUGGGUAUGCUCUCACGGCUAUGUCAAGACCCGCAGGCACUCGUUGAGAUAUACCUCAACUAUGAUUGUGACAGCGAGGCGGUGGACAACAUUUAUGAACAUCUGAUGAACAUCAUCUCGAAGAUUGGUAGCAUGCCUUUUGCUGUGGCCCCACAGAAGAUUGGUGAACCACCCAGCCCGGCUCUAAGUCCCACAGUUAAGAAUCACGGCACAUCUUCUGUUCCGCCUUCACUCAGCACCACAGCUCUGACUGUUUCUGGCUCAAUGGAUACAUCAGUUAUCGGUUUGUCAGAAAGUCAACUGAAGCGCCAAGGACUUGAAUGUCUCGUCGCUGUGCUUCGGAGUCUGGUCGCAUGGGGUACUGCAUCAGGCAAGAUUGCGGAUGACCCACUGGCGACGCCUUCAACACGUUCACAAACCGGGGAGGAGUUACGGCGGGACUCGAUUGACCCAGAUCGGCUUUCUGGUGGUCCUAGUGUUGAAGCACUUCGGCAACCAACGCCUGACAUCGUGGAUGACCCCAGUCGGUUUGAAAGCGCGAAGCAAAAGAAAACUACGCUCCUUGAAGGCUUGAAGAAGUUCAACUUCAAGCCCAAGCGGGGUAUUCAGUUCUUGAUUGAGACUGGGUUCAUCGCGAGCAAUUCGCCCCAAGACAUUGCUCACUUCUUGUUGAAUACCGAUGGCUUGAACAAGGCAAUGAUUGGAGAAUAUCUCGGCGAAGGAGAAGAGGAAAAUGUUGCGAUCAUGCACGCUUUUGUCGAUAUGCUCGAUUUCCGAGAUAUUCCUUUCGUAGAGGCCCUACGGGUGUUCCUUCAGUCAUUCCGACUGCCUGGUGAAGCUCAGAAGAUCGAUCGAUUCAUGCUCAAGUUUGCUCAACGUUACAUUGACGGUAACACACAAACUCCAUUUGCGAACGCAGAUACGGCGUAUGUACUGGCAUACUCGGUGAUUCUGCUGAAUACGGACCACUACAACCCUCAAGUUAAGCGUCGGAUGACAAAGACAGACUUCAUCAAGAAUAAUAGGGGUAUCAAUGAUGGGGUUGAUCUACCAGAGGAAUUUUUAUCUGAUAUCUUCGAUGACAUCGACAGCAACGAAAUUCGGAUGAAAGACGAGAUUGAAGCGAGCGUCAGUGCUACUUCGGGUCCUGGGCUUGCAGGAGCCCUCGCCAAUGUCGGAAGAGAUCUUCAGAAGGAAGCUUAUGUCUUGCAGACAAGCGGCAUGGCUAACAAGACGGAGGCAAUGUUUAGGACACUCAUGCGAACGCAGCGUAAAGGCAGCAAAGAGUUCUUCAGCGCGUCCAAUUCUGUGCAUGUCCGCCCAAUGUUCGAGGUUGCUUGGAUCCCGUUUUUGGCUGGUCUCUCGGGCCCACUCCAGGAUACGGAUGAUCUCGAAGUCGUGGAACUGUGUCUCGACGGCUUCAAAUGUGCCAUUCGCAUCGUGUGCUUUUUCGGUCUCGAACUCGAGCGCAAUGCGUUUGUGACGACCCUCUCCAAGUUCACAUUCCUCAAUAACCUUGGAGAGAUGAAGACGAAGAACAUGGAGGCUAUAAAAACGCUCCUCGAUAUUGCCGUCACUGAAGGCAACCAACUGAAAGGGUCUUGGCACGAUGUCCUUACUUGUGUCAGUCAACUGGAACACAUGCAAAUCAUUAGUGGUGGAGGUGACGCAGACUCGGGAAGAAAAGGUCGCACUCGAAAGCUGCCCACAGAAGAACUAGCCAAUGAAAGUCGUUCAACGCACAUCACUGUCGCCACUGACAUGGUCUUUUCCCUGAGUCACUAUUUGUCUGGGACUGCCAUCGUUGAUUUCGUUCAAGCAUUGAGCGAUGUCUCAUGGGAAGAAAUUCAAUCCUCGGGUCUCUCCCAGCAUCCUCGACUAUUCAGUCUCCAAAAGCUAGUCGAAAUUUCCUACUACAACAUGAACCGUAUCCGUCUCGAAUGGUCGAAUUUGUGGGAUAUAUUAGGGGAACAUUUCAACCAAGUGUGCUGCCAUAAUAAUCCACACGUGGGAUUUUUCGCCCUCGAUUCGUUGAGACAACUUGCCAUGCGUUUCUUGGAAAAAGAGGAGCUGCCGCACUUCAAAUUCCAAAAGGAUUUUUUGAAGCCGUUCGAGCACACCAUGAUCCACAAUAACAACCCUGAUAUUCGUGAUAUGGUCCUCCAAUGUUUACAGCAGAUGAUUCAAGCACGUGUUCAGAACAUGAGAUCUGGUUGGCGAACAAUGUUUGGGGUUUUUCAAGCAGCCUCCAAGGUUCUCACAGAACGAGUUGCCACUUCUGCCUUCGAGAUCGUCACACGAUUGAACAAGGACCAUUUUGGUGCCAUUGUACGACAUGGUGCUUUCGCGGACUUGACAGUCUGCAUAACCGACUUCUGCAAAGUCAGCAAGUACCAGAAAAUCAGUUUACUGGCCAUCGCGAUGCUUCGGGGCGUAAUACCGGUUAUGCUAGAUUGCCCAGAGUGCUCUUGGACAACUCCUUCUUCACCGACCUCCCCGAUGGACGACAAUAUGAUCAAGUAUUGGUACCCCGUCUUGUUUGCCUUUUAUGAUAUCAUCAUGAACGGUGAAGAUCUGGAGGUUCGAAGACUUGCAUUAGACUCGUUGUUUACAACCUUGAAAACUUACGGGGCAAACUAUCCUGUUGAAUUCUGGGACACUGUAUGCCAGGAGCUGCUCUUCCCGAUAUUUGCUGUCCUCAAGUCAAGUCAAGACGUUUCACGGUUUAGCACUCAAGAGGACAUGAGUGUGUGGCUCUCGACGACAAUGAUCCAAGCUCUACGAGAUCUCAUCGACCUGUACACCUUCCAUUUCGAUAUUCUCGAACGUUCUCUGGACGGUCUGCUUGAUCUUCUCUGUGUUUGUAUCUGCCAAGAAAAUGACACACUUGCCCGCAUUGGGACUUCAUGUCUGCAACAACUGCUCGAAAAUAAUGUCCAGAAAUUGAGCGCUGCGCGUUGGGAUCGAAUUACCACCACAUUCGUCAAGCUCUUCAAGACGACGACGCCUCAUCAACUUUUUGAUGAAAGUUUGCGCAUAGAUAUUGACGGUAGCAGCCCAGAACCGUCUGAAUCCACAGACACAAACGGCACAAUUCUUCCUGCGCCACUUUCCCCCAACGGUGAAGUGCCCAAGCACGAUCCCAGGUCUUCAAGUGCGGAUAGACGCCGCGUCUUCAAGCAAAUCAUUGUCAAAUGCGUUCUGCAGCUCUUGCUCAUCGAGACUACGAAUGAUCUAUUACGCAAUGAUGACGUGUACAGGAUGAUCCCGCCGGAGCAUCUGUUGCGGCUGAUGGGCGUACUGGACCACAGUUAUCAAUUCGCUCGUAGUUUCAACGAAGACAAGGAGCUAAGGACGGGGCUCUGGAAAGUCGGAUUCAUGAAGCAUCUGCCCAAUUUGUUGAAGCAGGAGUCAAGUAGCGCGGCCACCUUGGUCAAUGUUUUCCUCCGGAUGUACUUCGACAAUCGUCCCGAGCACCAAGCAGCUCGUCCGCUGAUGCUUGAUCGACUUAUGCCUUUGGCUCUAGGCAUCCUCAGUGACUAUAACAAGCUGAAGGCCGACACUCAAGGGAAAAAUAUCAUUGCCUGGACACCCGUCGUCGGCGAAAUACUGGACGGAUUCUGCCGAUUUGGUCACCAAGACUUCGCCAAAUAUUUGUCGUCCAUAUAUCCUCUGGCCACGGAACUCAUCACGCGAGACACGGGCCCCGAGAUCCGCCAGAGCCUGCGCACCUACUUCUCACGUGUUGGCAUUUCCCAACGCAUCAUGGACGUAUCAUAA